AUGAAACCCAAGAGGGUGUGCCUUUUCAUCUCCAUAGCUGUUGUACUAAUUGUGCUCAGCACAAAUAUUCAAACAGCUGAUUGUUCAGAGAUCAAAAAAGGAAGCUCUUGGUGCAAUGGAACCAUCACAGACAGCACUGAAGAAGACGACCAAGAGUUCCUAAUGGAGUCAGAAGUGAGCAGAAGGAUUCUUCUAAACAACAACAAAAUCAGUAGCAAAUCUCUCAAGCAAACAUCAGCUGUAUGUGACACAGAUAGGUAUGGCAAUUGCAUAGGUCCGAUGGGCAAAUACAGUAGACCUUGUACGUACGAAAAUCGAUGUAAACGCGGUCCCUAGCCAUGAUCAUAACGAAGGAGAGAUACAUGUGCUGUAAUUAAAUCUCUCAGACGAAACAAUGAUCUUGCUAUGUGUUCUCUUUUUCAUCCCUUUAUUUUUAUCGGUAACCUUGUUAUGAUUGUAGUUAAUGCAAAAUUCUCCCUCCAUAUACU